AUGACCUCGCAGCAGCUCUCCGCUCUGUCCGACCCCGUCGCGCUGGCCAAGCUUCAGAUCCUGGUCAUUCCCGUCCAACCUUCAGGGCGCAACUCGCCUCGCCUAUCAGAAGCAGUCUACUCGCACUGGGCAAUCUUGAUCAAGCGGCAUCAGUCAAUCCGCGGGGAUGAGAUCCGGCCAUCCAGCUCCGCCCUGAGCUCGAGCUCGGCACAUACCAGAGGAUCCACCGGUUCCUCCUCUGCCCGAGCUCGGUUUCUGCCUGCCUCAUCAGCAACCUCCGUCGGCCACGCGAACACGAAUCAACAUGUCCAUCUGGCGUUCCCGAACCACCCGCCCGCGAGGCAUCUGUACCCUCUCAAUCUGCUGAGAUUGGCGAGCUUCCCACUGGUCGUCCUUGGGAUAACGGUGGAUGGAGGGGAUGCAGCAGAGGAGACGCCGAGGGGAUAUAGUAUGGCGGAGGAGGAUGAAGAGGAGUCAGGAGAUCUAGCGGGGGGAUCCACACCGACUACCUCGACAUUCAGCGGUAUACCGGGCCGGGCAAACGGGAUGGGAGGGCACGGUGGGAGGGAUGCGUUCGAUGAUGCGGUGUCUGGGUUGUUCCCACAGGAUUCGGCGUUCCCCCUCAUCAGGCGACUGGUGGUCGUUCCAUCGGAUCUACCGAGGUCCCCCAAUCCCAAUACCUCGCCGAGAAAGGGUGGUUUCAUGGAGACGACGAGGCAGCAGAAGGGCAAGGGGAAAGAGGAAGUGAGGUAUGCGCCAGGGGACGGGGGAGACUCGUGGAUAGGUGGACUACUGGGAGAGAUAGUGGGCGAUGUUCUCGGAGAGCUUGGAGAGCUGGUCACCGCCCUGGAAACGCCAACAGGUCUGAAGACGCUCUCGUCAACCCUCCUUCCCUCUCUUACUUCCACCUCGUCACAUCCCCAAUACCCGGAUCUCUUCCCAAUACGGACUACUACACCGUACGACAUGCCCUCUCGAUCCGGUACUUCCACGCCCACCCUUACACACUCUCAAUCCGCUGACACCCUCUCCCUCUCCGGCGCAAUGGGCAUCACCCUCAAUCGCGCCCUCACUCCAGGCGGGCGACCCACAACCGCUCUACCCUCUUCAAACCAAUCUGUCGUAUCGCCCAUCGCGCCCGAGCCUAAGCCUGCCGCUGCGCAAAACCCUACUCGACGGUUCUCGGCCAUUCCCUCCCCCUUCGCUCGGACCUCCUCGGCCGCCUCGGCCACAUCGACCGCCUCGGCGGGCGGUGCGCAGUCACCUGCUGUAGCUACGAGGUAUACUUCGGCGGCGUUGACCGGUGUUGCUGGAGGGAGAUUGAUGAAGGUGCUGGGGGAUGUGUAUUUGCUGGUGGGGAUGUAUGGAGACGCGAUCAAGUGCUAUGAUGAUGGCGCGGAACGGUGUCGCGUGACGGGAGACGUGCUGUGGGAAGCUAUGGCUAGAGAAGGACGGGCGGUCGCUGGGAUUGGAGAAGCUUGGGAGACAAGGGACGGAUCGGACCGCGCUCAGCCCUUCUCAUCCUCUCCCAUCCCGGUCGAAAUUGUCGCACACUACCUCUCUGCCCUGUCCUGCCUCGCCCGCGCCCCUCUUCCAUACCCACCAACUAUCCUCUCCCCCGCUCCCCAUUCCAUCUCCGGCACGCUCGCCCUCCCGCCCACUCCCAAUCCAGGCGGCAACCCCACCCAUCUCGGGACGGGGGAAGGGCUCCUCGCUUACCUAUACACCUCCCUCUCCCUCCGUAUCGCCCAUUUCCACCUCUUCAUCUGGUCCGCCGGCGGAUGGGGCAGUAUAGCCCUCUCUUGCCUCGUCUCCCAUUCCUUCCCCCGGACGUUUCCGCCCCCACUGGACGAGGCGGCGCUACAAGACCCCUACGCCCGAACAAGGCGACAUCGAUUCUUUUCGUUGUUGGGAGUCAGGUCCGGGAUGACACGGACGUCAGUCAUGUCUCAUGCGGAAGGAGCGGUGGGGCCGUAUCAUCGCGCCAUGACCAAGAUGGAGCAGAUGGCGGUACAUACGGAGCUGGUCUGGCUGGCACGUUGGCUCGAUAUGCCGCGUCAUGAGGCUAUCUACGGGCGGGAGGUGGUCAGGCGGCUGGGCGCGCUUGUUGUCGAUGGCCGGGCGGAAACGAGGCGAACGGCCAAAGCUGGGUUCUCGGGUUCAGCGCCUCGGGGAAGCGUCCAUGGGGAGACCUCAAGCGCAAGUGCAGCCAGCGUAGGACUGGGCUUUGGGAUCUCCGUACCCAACAAAGAAGUCGUGGUGCGCCGCCGAGAAACGUCUGAGGGCAAUACGGCCAUCAUGGCGCUGAUCGAGCGUAUCCUUGGGAUACUCAAUAUCGACCUCCUCGCUCCCCUUCCUUCCUCCAACUUUCCACACGCCUCGCUCGCUCCCAGAUCUGCCAAAGGAAAAGGCAAGAUGGACGACCUUGACCCGAAACACCCUGAACCCCGGUUCGGAUGGCCUGAAAUCCAGGUGGACACGCUGCAGUCACUCGUCACCGUAGCGGAAAGCCUAGCGGACCAGGAGAUGGUGGUACGGCUGGCAUUAUCUGCCCUCAAGGAGCUCGGGGGAUUCUUGCACCAGGGAAGUCAGGCGCAGUUGGUCAGGCUGACAGCGGGGGCGAUGGGGACGAUGAAGCGCAGAGGGAGGUGGAGAGGGGGUGUGGAGUGGUGGGUCCCUGGAAAGAUUGUUUUGAGUUUGGAAGUGGCUGCGCUGCCGGCGAAUCGAUUUCCGGUCGAACACGCCGCUAGCGAGAUUGUCCAGAAGGAUCCAUUCUUGUACAAUCCUCGAAUCAAGGCGGUUGAAGCUGGGAAGACGGUCAUUGUUUCGAAUGAACAAGUCGACAUCUUUGUGACGCUCUCCAAUCCGUUUGCGUUCGAUCUCGAAAUCGCCGAUCUCUCGCUCAUCACAUCCGGCGUCCAAUUCCUCGCCAACCCCCUUCCGAUCGUCUUACCCGCCAAUUCCGUCCAGACCGUUCGCGUGACAGGGAUCUCGCCGUCUCCCGGCUCGCUGUAUGUUCAAGGCAUAUCCAUCCGCCUUCCCGAUGGAUCAUCGACCAAGGUGUUCAUGCCCGUCGUGGAUGAGAAGGCUCGGGUACGGAAAGAGAAGCGAAGGAGUCGAGUUGCGGGUGAAGGGGGCAAGAUGAAGCGGACAGGAACCGAGGCGAGAUACGAGGCUCGGACCGUCGUGAUUGGGGAGGAUGGAGCGAAAGAGGGAGAAGAGGACGAGGGGGCGCUGGAAGAAGGGGAGAGAUGGCUUGAGUGUCAGGUUGUCAGGGAGUUGCCGCUCCUCUGGGUCAAGCGGAGUAAUCUGGCGCAUGGGACAGUUAUGCUGUAUAAUGGCGAAUCGACGACUCUUCGUCUGACGCUCGAGAAUUCCUCUUCUACGCCUGUCAACUUCCUCAAGCUCUCCUUUGACGACAAUACCCUUCGCGAAGCCCGGUCGGUCCUCAAUGAAGAGCUGUCCCCGCGGGACGUGUACGAAGUAGAGUGGGACAUGAUCAAGCGACCCGUCUUUUCUCAGGAUGGAUUCAUGGCGGCAGAGGUGAAUAUCCCGCCUGGGGGCAGGUAUACCGUCUCAGUCAAAUGUCUCGGCAAGGUCGGAUGUACGGACGGCUCCAUCCGUAUCGACUAUGGGUAUAUCGAUCCCGCGCUUGCUGCCGAGGCCGGUUCAUCGUUCCAUACCAGACAAAUUACCUUCCCUGUCCUGUUUACAGUCUACCACACCCUCGAGCUGCACGAUCUCGAUAUACUUCGCUUUCCCGCUUCGGGCUCGGGCAAGCGGUCUCUCCCGAAUGGUUCGACCGCGACUGUCUCGCCGGAAGAUAAGCUUCGGCGCGCGAUGGAGCAAGAGACAGAUGGGGACUAUUGCCUCGUUGCGCUGCUCGUGCGGAAUGCGUACGGUGUGCCGUUCGAGGUGUCUCUCACUAGACUAUUUCAAGAAAGCGGAGAGGGAGAUGAAGUGGAGGAGGAUCUGAGAAGUACUCGCCUGAUCCCACCCGGCGCGAGCGAGCGCCUUUUCAUUCCAUUCCCCCGCCUCUCCCUCCCCCCGGCAAUUACCUCCCCACCCAUCCCCUCCCUCACGUCCCGCCAGUACAUCCGAGAUCAGACCGGCCGAACUGCCCUCCAAGUCCAGAAAGACCGAGAGCUGUUUUGGUAUCGCGAACACCUGCUCUCCCGGCUCCGCCUAGACUGGACCGAACCCGCUACUGGCGGUGCGGGGCAGAAAAGGACGGGCGAGCUUAGUAUGCGGAAUCAUGAGGUCGGGGAGGGGAUGAUGGGGCUGCUGAGGGUUGAGGAGGUGGAUGUUGUGGUGAGGGUGGGCGAUGAAGGAGGGCGCGGGAGCGAGGUGAAGUCGGGCGAGUUUGUGAAGGUUGAGGUGGAGGUGAAGAAUCGUCUCGAACAUCCACUACGGUGCGAAGUCCGGCUUGAGCCUCUCUCAUCAACCGACCCAUCCUCCCAAUCCAGCAACAAUCGCCAUUCGCUCAACGCCGGUGCCUCGCCCGCCGCGCUUCCCCGGCACAUCAUCAUCGACGGCGUCCUCGCCUCCAUUCUCCCCUCGAUAGAACAGGGGCAGAGCGGGAAACACGGAAUCAGCGCCAUCUUUCUCGCGGAGGGGAGCUUUGCUUUUAGGGCGGUCGUUCUUGAGCUGGGACCUGUUGGGGGUGCAGCAACAGGUGGGAGCAAGGAUGCAGCAGGAAAUGGGCAGAGUCAGGGCAGGGUGUGGGUGUCUGAGACUGUCAAGGUGCAGGUAUCUUGA